GCGGUUAGCGCAGCCAAGGAAAGUUUGCAAGCUGGCAACAUUAUUGCUUUACCUACUGAUACUAUCUAUGGUAUUGCUGCUUUAGCCCAGCUCCCUAAUGCUGUCGAUAAAUUAUACAAUACUAAAGGUCGUAGGAGAGAUAAUCCAAUUUCUAUCUGCGUAGGCGAUGUUGCUGAUUUAAAAAGGCAAGUACAUUUACGUCCAUGGUGUUCGGUAUGUGUUUGUGAUGCUCUUCUAUACGAUCUCCUACCUGGCCCGGUAACUUUGGUAUUCCAACGCCAUCCAGUUUUAAAUCCUAAACUUAAUCCUAAUACAAAUUUAGUUGGUAUUCGUAUUCCUGACUUUCCAUUCAUUCGAGAGGUCGCUAGAGCAUGUGAUCAACCAUUAGCAUUAACUAGUGCCAAUAAAAGUCUUGCGCUUAGCAGCUUAGCCAUUGAUGAGUUUCAAUCCCUUUGGGAUCAGUUAGACGUUAUCUUUGAUGGUGGAAGAAUUUCACAGAGUGGAGAUGACCAGUCAUCUCGUUUAGGAUCAACUGUUAUUAACUUGUCAGUGGAAGGAUAUUUUAAGAUUAUAAGGAAGGGAAGUGCCUUUGAAAAUACGGUAAAGCUACUGGUAAAUAAAUACGGCUUAAUAGAAUUGAUCGAUAGCAAAGACAACUGA